GUUUUCUGAAAAUAUUUCCUAAUAAAACUAAAAUCACUCAGAUACCUUAAAAGAAUUAUAUGGACUUUUAAUAUAAAAGUAAUUUUGAUGAAUUGUGAAGCAUAUAAAUUUAAUUUAUAUAGUGUACACUUAAAAAAUAUACAUACAUAUUAGUAGAAUCAUAAAGAAGUAUGCAUUUUGGGAGACCUAUAAUAAAAAAUUAGCAAACUCGUUAAUAUCAAAUGUACGUUUUCUCAAAUUUGCAAAAAUACACCAAAAUCAAGUAAACACUUGGAAAAACAAGCACUAUUUUUUUUUCUUGGAGUGUAGCAUUUAUUGAAAUCUAAAAAAUGAACAAAGCCUGAAGGGUUUUUUUAAUCAAUCUUUUAAUGUUUUGAUAAAACAAAACUUUAAGAAUGUAAGCAGUAGUUAAGUAAACAGAUUGAAUUUUAACUUUGUUUAUUAAAAAUUUCAAAAAAGUUGAUGUUGUGAAAGAUUUAUGAUUUUAAAAAGGGUCCUGUAUUGAUCCUAUAAGAAUACGUGUAAUAUCGAAAACGUCAAACGGCUAUAAAAUUUUACAUACAUAUGUAUAUUAAAUUGUACAUACUUAUAUUAUUUAUUUUACUCUAAUUAUGUUUAAUUAGAAAAAGAGUUUUUAGUAUUAUUAAAUUAAAGAUAUUUUUCAAAAAAUGACAAAUCAAGAAAUUUAUGAUUUUCUAAAAACUUUGAAUUGUUGUAAUAUUUGUUGUUUGCGCUAUUUAAAAGCACGUGGAGAUGAAUAUGAACAAAUAGAAAGAACUUUCAAAGAUCUUGGAGUUGUUUUUAAAAUUGAAAGCUCAGGAACAAUUGGAUCAAAUAUAAAGAAAUUCAAACCCAAUAUUUGUUCAGUAUGCUUUGAUGUUUUUUCUAACUCCUUUUUGGAUUCCGUAAUUGAUAGCAUUUCAAAAAGUCCGGAAAUUAAUAAAUUUCAAUGCGACAAAGUGGUAACUGCAAUUAGUUUGCCGACACUUUUUUAUAUAAGACAACUUUCCAUUUGGUUAUUACUUUGCGAAAAGUUCCCCAGUAGAAUAUCAAGAGAAAAGCCACCCGAUGUCCCUAUAAAAGAAGCAAUUAAACUUAUUAUGAAUCCAAGAAUUUGUCGGGCGCUUGGUAAAUCCUAUGAUACCAGUAGUAAUUUGGGCGUAAUGAUAAAUAUUACAUUAAACCAUAAAAGUGAACAAGAUGAAAUUGAAAAAAUGAGUCAGUUUAUUUGUGAAUUGAAACUCGAAAAGACCUCGAAGCAUCGAAAACGAAUUGUGGCUACAAGAGGUUUAUUAGAGAAAUGUUUUACACCAACGAAGGUGUCAUUAAAUGAAUUUCAGAAAUAUUUCAAUGUUUUAUUAGAAAUUCCGAUUGAAGCGAUUUACCUGGAAAGUAUUUCAUUUGCAGGCCCUACAGUUUUUUUGGCUGGAAGAUAUAGAAAAUUAUCCCGCAAUUUACCUCAUUCGCCAUGGAUCCUUGAUGGGCAAAGAGUUUUAGAAGAAAGUAUACAAGAAAUUAUAAUCGAAAAUAUUUCGGAAUAUUUUGGAACAUCAAAUUCAAAUAUCAUAUUUUCUUCAAGUGGUAGAGAAGACGUUGAUGUAAGAUGUUUAGGUAAUGGUCGUCCAUUUGUUUUAGAAAUUCCUGAUUCAAAAGUCACCAAUUUAUCUUUAAGAAGUGCUGCUCAAAUGGAAUUUAAUAUUGAAAAAUCAAAGAAAAUAUCUGUGAUAAAUUUGCAAAUGGUAAACCGUGACGAACUCAUCCAUAUUAAAAGUGGUGAAGAAAAUAAAAAAAAAAUUUAUCGCGCCUUAUGCGUUUUGGGCACGCCCGUGACUAUAGAAAUUCUUAAAAAAUUGAACAUGCCAAAUGGUUUUAUCACACAACAAAAAACACCUAUACGAGUACUUCAUAGAAGACCAUUACAUACGAGACCUAAAAUUGUACAUAGUGUUCAAGCUACAAUUAGUAAGGAUAAGAAAAAUAUAUUGAUUUUAGAUUUGACGACUCAGGCUGGUUGUUAUAUAAAAGAGCUUGUCCAUGGAGAAUUUGGUAGAACCCAUCCGUCAAUAUCAUCAAUUAUAAAUCAACCAGUUGAUAUUAUAGCUCUUGAUGUAAUUGGCAUCGACUUAGAUUGGCCAAAAAACAUUGAUAACAGACAAUAUUUAUAGAAGAAGUUACAUUGUAAAUAGUUUACGUUAUAUACUAUCUUUAUAUAAAUAAAUGUAAAUUUUAAAAGAAAAGUAGGUUUAUUUUUAAUUAAAACGUUUUAUACUAAAUACAUAAAUCGAAAAUAUGACUUGCAACGUAUUGAUU